UUUACCUAAGAGUUCGUUCAUCUGUAUCGAUAUCAUAGGCAUAUUUAUUUUCGUAUUAGAAACCAUUUGAAUCCUUUAAUCUAAAAAGUUGAUGUCAAUUUUCUAUGAAAAGUUUCUGCUUUAGACUACUGUAUAUUUUCUAAGCCAUGUAGUCUAACCGAUACAAGCUGCAUCCUUUUCUUAUCUCAUGAUCUUGGCUUUUAUUCUUCUCAUAAACAACUAUAUAAGGAUAAACAUAUUGGAACAGUACACGAAUCCUGCAAUGGUGACUGGAAUUUCCUACCCGAAGAGGUGUCUUUAGAGAAACAUGUUGAAGACGAUUCCGCAAAAGAUUUAAGGCUUCUUCUCAACUUGUCCAUAAUCCAAUUGUCUCCCUGUUAUUUAAGUACUCGUGUGAUGCAAGCGUAGUUCUAACACGUCUCUAUGAAGGCCAAUCAUCAUGUCGAACAUCACACUUUGAAUCAAGGGGAGAAUAUUACUGAGGUGAUUACAUCCGUGAGCUACUACAUAGGGGUGGGAGGAGGAGGAGGAGGUUGUACUCCGGUAUAAACAGUCCCCACACUGCAAUAGAUCGCUACCAGAAGAGAGGAAAGAUGAGUACGAGUGCCACGCAGAAGAGGAGCAGCAGCGGCACCUUUCUGGGCCUCGGCUGCGGCUGCAAGGACUCGAAAUCGGUGUCGGUGUCGGUGUCGUCGAGCUCCGUCGAUGCGAAAUCCGUGACACCGGCGCCAUUGACGCGGAGGGCCAGGGAGCUGUCGUCCGCGGACACCAUGACCUUGUCCUCCCCCUCCACCUUCUCCUACGGGGAGGAGGAGGUGAAGAUGGAGAGCUCCGCUAGCACGCCCAGCCUCUUCGGUCUCCUGCGCCAGCUGAACGAGCUGGAGCAGGACGUGACUUCGUGGGGACGGUGCACUCUCCCAUCCCCCGCUCAUAUCAAAGAAGGGGAGAAGAAGAGAUUGCAUCAGCGAAGCGGCAGUGAAGGAGGAGGGCGGAAAGUGGAGGAGAGCGUGGCGGUGGUGAAGGAGACGAAGGACCCACUGGGAGAGUUCCGGAGAUCAAUGCUUCAGAUGAUCAUCGAUAAGGAGAUCGUCGAUGGCGAGGAGCUACGGGAGCUGCUCCGCCGCUUUCUUGCUCUCAACUCACCACGCCACCAUGACACAAUUCUCCGAGCAUUCGCCGAGAUCUGGGAAGAAGUAUUCGCCGGCUACGAGACCACUCCCGACCUUCUUCACCACCGCAACCGUACCAGACUUCCCGUUCCUCGGCACUUGUAACAAGAACAAGAAUCUAUGUAUCUUAUCGCUAUUCUUCAUCUAUGUUCUUCAAUGAAUUAAUUACACGAUGGUAAAUGCUGAGGUUCAUGUUCUAUCUUAGUUUUGUCACUUCCCGUUUGUUUACGAAGAUUAGUCUAUCAUGGAAUUAAGCAGAGGAAACCAUUAGAGUACUUUCGGUCCGUGAGUUUGGUUUCUUGGCAGUGGCCAGGGUGGGCAAGGAGGACAAGGCGGAUUCGAAGGGCACAUUCUGUCGAAGCAAUGGCCACUGCUUGUGCAUGGGAGCAGAACACAAUGCGCCGGAGCUCGUAUAGAUGUCAUCUUCCUUGUUGGUUUCAGAGACCAACCACUGCAGUCAUUACUGCUGCCAUCACAUCUAAAAGUUUCUGUUUGCUACUGUUAAACCAUGUGGUUGAUUAAUUA